GGCUUCCUUACCAGGAGGCUGCGGAUCCGUAAUGCACACUUUGAUUUCCCCCUUUCGCGCAACGAUAAUCAUUAAAAAAAAAAAAAUAACAAACAAUAAGCGCAUACAAAUUUUAUUUACGAAUGCGACGACAAGACUGAGCCGGUCGAGAGAAAGAGCCCGAUGUGAACGGAAGCGCCAGCUGGCUACAAUUGUUUCCGGUAUAAACCCGGAAUUAAUGCAAUUUUAAGGAGAACAGUGUUGUAUCGAUUCCAGUUUGGUUUCGUAUCGACGAACAAGAGUGACCAUGUAACGACAGUUGAAUGAUUAAUCGUGAAACUCACUCACAGUGCAACAGACUUUAUCUCGUUUGCAAAUAAUAGUCGAUUACUAAGCAUAUACUUGUAAUAGAAGGAAACUCUUUCUUUCCAAUCGUCACUGAGCGCAUUGAGCAAUGCGGUUCAACGACACAAACUGUGUCUAAAAGCCGAAAGGUCGUAAAGUGAUUUGAGACUACCUGCGAAUCAUUGUGAGAACAGAAAUAUGUUUUGGAUCGAGCCUGACGAAGAGGAGGAGGCGCUGCUAUGCAGCCCUGCUCUGAUGGCCAGGCGCGCUUCGGAGUCCUGGAUCGUUGCACCUCCCGUGGAGGCGAUGCCGGCGGCGGCAAUGCCACUUCAACGGAAGAAGUCACUGCCGGACGUAGCGCAGCCGAUUCAACUUACGGCCACAGCGCCGUUAUCAAGAGAAGAAGUCAGUAUCCUGAGCAGUAUGAGGAGAGAGGAAAUCCGCAGACAGAUCGACGAGAGCGAGAGGCUCAGGGCCAAUCCGCUUUUAUACUUAGUCAGUCCUCAGGUUAAAGACUGGUUCUCCCGGCAACAGCUCGUGAUGCUGGUGCUCUUCAUCAACAUAUCCCUAGCUUUGAUGUUCUUUAAGCUGCUGACGUAGCAACCAGCCGACGAUCGGGUUCACGGACUCGUAGUGGACGUGACCUGAGACCUACGGCGGCAUCGCGACGCCUUGGGUCGCCAUCGAGCCAGAAUUUCGAUACGGCGCGACGAAGAAUGUGGCCGUACCAAGAAUCGCUGAAAGCGACUUUCCUGAGCGAUUCACUCGGUCUUACGCGUCGCGAGCGUUUUGCGAAGGCGAAAAUUUUAGAUCGGAGCCGACGUGAAAAGAGAACCCGAAAGAGAUCGACUUUGGCGAGGAUUUUGUCGCGUGAAAACGAUUGUAGUCGAGUUUCGAAUGAUCGCGAGGAUAAACGAGCAACGCAAAGGGAGCAACACUGAGACAAGAAUAUUCUUUUGGAGAGGAUCUAUAAGAUCUAUAAGAUUCACUUUUGAAUGUUGUAAAUUAAAAAGGGCUUAAGCGUACGAAAAAAAAUACGAACAAUAUAGUUCGACAGAGUUUCAAUGCGUUUUCGCAGAGCUCACACGGUGAAAACAAGAUUUCAAUUUGCCUAUGAAGUUUUCUGUGGUUCGAAAACGCGGCGCUUAAGUUCUUUUUAAUUCAUAUUAAUAUUUACAAAAUUUUUGAAAAAGAAACAAGCGAUGAAACUUCCGAGCGCAGUUUGUCCUGUGCGCAGGAAAAAGAUAUCUUUUGGAAAAAGGGAGCGCGUUGCGUACUCCCAACACGCCUGUGUAUCAUACCUAUUUUUACACCAAAUACUUUAAUAAUACUUCUUGUAAAGGUAGAUCGAGGAUACCCCCGAGCAGUCGAUCGUACCCGACGCGGUGCGCACAUACGAAUCCUUCAUUAGUCAUAAUUUUUUCUUUCCUGAUGAUUAGCUCGAGCGCAGUAACAGCGACGAUCGAAUUUUCAUCUAAUAGACUUUGCACAAAUUAAUUACUUGCGCCGUGAAUUCUUUCAAAUAAUUCCCAAGUAUUAAGGCUGACACUGUUCGAUUUAAAGCAGUAUUCAACGUUGAAUUAUAUUUGCAACUGUUUCUAUAAACGUAGUGAUUGUAAAGUAGCAAUGAUCGUAAUUGUAGCCGUGAUGCCGACGCGCGAUGUAAAAGGUAGGACAAUUCGCGCAACAAUUAACGCGCAUCCGAGCAUUUAUAGUAUUGUUUCCGAACAAUUGCAGUAAACUUGUAAAAAGCGUAAGAUUAUUGUAAAGGAAAGACGUAGAAUGUUCGUAGUCCUCUAACUUUUACAAGCUCCGCGUAAUAUUAUAGUUAUAAUUACUAUCGUUGGAUAUCGACAACUGAGAUUUGAAUCCUUUAUCGCAUCGUCUCAAUUAUGGAGCCCUCUGACGAGCCGAUAGUCAAAAAAUGGUCUACAUUCGACGCUAAGACGCGCACAAGUUAAGAUACAGAAGUUUUCGCUACAGACACGGCUUCGCUUUUGUGAGAGACCGAAAAUUACGCGAUUCUAAAUGUCAGCGUAAAAAGUUGUUUUACAUUGAUACUUUACAUUGAUAAAUAUUAUAUUAACGUUAAAAUGCAGAUGACUCAUGUAAUCGAGUCACAUACAAUCGCGAUAACAUCACUUAUCAAGAUGUAAAAUCGCAAUCUUUGUAUGUGUAAGCAACGAUUUUUGUAGAAGUAUCUCUCAAGCAUCAAAAUUAGAGACGUAACUAAAAACGACAACUUAAUACGAUUUUAGUUUUUGACAAGAUCGCAACAUAGACACUUCAGAAGAAAAGAAUUAUCAGUAACAGUAGUGUUCGAAAGAUAAGUGCUUGGAUCCAUCUACAAUCAAAAAUCUACAAUGUCGUGUUUUAAAAUACAAUACAAACGCGAGAGAGCUGUCUCGUAUCUCGUGUUUCCUCUCCCACAAUUUCGUGAUAAAUCGAUCAGCUUUUCUGCGCACGAGCGAUCGAAUUUUUCUAGUCUCAAGGGCAUAGCUUGUAUAUCUCUAGGUAAAUUUGUAAAUAAUCAUUGAAACGUCGAUUGCGCAGAGUUUGUCUAUACUACGCGAUACCGUUUUCGCGCUCUCGAUGCAAGUUGGGCGGAAAAAAGCGAAGACCGAAUUGUCGAGAUCGUUUUUUCAUUCAAGAGAUCUCGCUUUGUUUCACACAGCAAAACCUGUAAGCUUCCUAUCCUGUUUCGACAGUGCCAAUGACAUAACCAGUAUACUUCCGCGUGAGUAAAUUCGAUUUACGACACAGUCAAAAACGCAUUCGCAUUUGAUUACACUUUAAGCCUGGUUCGAGCACGCGACGCGAAAUGAUUCGAUGGUAAAAUAAAAUAUUCGAUCGAGACAAUCGUUUCGACGCUAUUCGCAGUAAAACUGCGAACAGCACAAGAGAGAAAUAAUUAACGAACAAAAAAACAAAUCGAACGAACUCGUUCACAGGAUUAUCAGAUUCGUAAUGCUGGAUUUGCGUUUGCCAUCUAUUUGACUUGCGUCGACUUGACAGUAAUAAAUACAAUUGUAAUUUUAAUUGAAAAAUUUUUUUUGAUAUAUUAUGUUAUAAAAAAAAGACACUCAAUUAAGAGAAACAUGUCAGAUUGAAAUGUCAUACGUAAACCCAGUGUAAUUGAAAAACAAAUGCGAAUAUUUUUACAUUAAGGAGAAGAUUACGUAGAAGAAGUGACGAGCGUAGGCACGAAAUAUGUUAAACGUUCCGGAGAAGGACCGACGGCUUUUUGUCACGAGGUGCAUUCGCAUAGAUAUACUACCUAUUAUCGUACGCACAUCCGCCGUUGCGAGGUCAUGUAUUGUAUAUAUAUUGCAACUAUAUAUAUAUAAAAUCGAUUAGUUAGUAUCAAAGAGAUGAAAAUUUGAUAUUGAAUAUUGGUAAAGUAUCGAGAAGAGGAAGAGAUUGGAGUGAAGAGCGAAGAGAGGCGGGAGUCAGUUUUGUCACCAUAUCACUAAUCAAAGAAAUUUUACGACACUUUUAUUUAUCGAAUGCGGGAAUUGGUUUCGCGAUUUACGAUGUUACAUCAUAAUAUGUAUAUACCUAUAUGCAUACAUAAGAUCAUAUAUAUAUAUAUAUAUUUUACUUGUUAUCUCUUGACUAUUAUCACAGUUGACGCGCGCAUAUCCCGUUAUUAUUAUUAUUAUUAUUUCGAUUAUUAUUAUUAUAUUAUUAUUAUUAUUACGAUUAUUAUUACUAUUAUUAUCAUAUCGCAGAUUAUGUGAAUACUCGAAAUGAAAUACGGAUGUGGAUGUAAUUUUGGUACCUUGGAAAAUAUGCGACAUCAGAACUGCAAAUCCAUUAUCAUUAUUAAUUUGCGCAAAGUGAUUCAAUAAACUUGUAUCAUAACUGAUAAACGGUUCUCUUACUGAUAUCACAAUAUUUCGCUUUGUUACGCCCUUGCCGUGCGACCGUUAUCCGCGUCGCAGAAAGAAAAGAACGUGAAUGAAACGAAUGAUUGCCGUUAAUCGCGUUAGUGGCAUGACGAUUUAUCGUACAACUAAAGAGAGGAAAACUCACGCGCGAGGUGGUAGUUUCCAUUAUUCCUGUGUACACAACGCAAAUACACACAUGCAGUUUUUUCUUUUUUCUUUUUGCAUAUAUACAGAAUAAAAUCACAACAAAAUCGAGCGAUAAUUCACGCAGUAAACAUUGCAAGCGUGCUAAUCGCGUCAAUUAAAAUAAACAUCUUUCUGCACGUAUAUGUCGUGUGUUUACGACAAAUCUCGGGAGCUUCGAAUCUACGUAGCUACCAGAGCCAUUAUUGAAUCGUAAACAAAUCCCGAUUGCGACUUUAAAAUCAUAUUUUUCAACAUUAAUACCAUCACUGGCUCGCCAUAUGUAUACAUAUGGUAAAUAGAUACCGGAAGUGAUCUCAGUGUUCCAUGUAAACGCUGGCAAUGUAUUUAAUCUCAGUAAAAACGAUUAUAGCGAA